UCUCUGCUAUUUGGCAAUUUGAUUGAGAUCGAAUUUGGCAAUUGCAGAAAAUGUGAGGUUCUUCCCACUCUUGGGCUUCUACCCCAUCUUAGGGUUCUUACAAUAAAAGGUAUGGAUGGUGUAAGACGUAUAGGAACUGAGGUUUACAGUAACUAUAAUAAUGGAAGUGAUGGCACUAUAUUGUUCCCAGCUUUGAGAAAACUUGAUUUGAGUAGAAUGCUCAAUCUAGAGGAAUGGACGGAUGUGAUGGAGCCAGCAACAACAACAGGCCUAAUGGUGUUUCCUUGCCUUGAGGAGUUGAGCAUUCAAUUUUGUAACCAACUGAAAAGUGCUCCAUGUUUUUUUUCGAGUCUUAAGAAAUUACUCAUUAGGGACAUGUGUAGCACUACAUUUGAAAACAUUAUCAGCAAGCUUACCACACUCACGUCCCUCGAGGUUUGGAAUAUUUCAGGACUUGCUUGUCUGCCAGAGAAGUUAUUGCAAAAAAAUGCGAGUCUCAUGUCUCUGACGGUAGCGGGAUGGGCCGAUUUGGUGUCCAUCGUGUCACAUGAGGAUGUAUGGGCCUUCUGCACCUCUCUUCGAUCGCUUAAAAUAAAAGUCUGUUGGAAAUUACAAAUACAAGGUGUCCCAUCCCAUCUUCAACGCUUGGAGAUAUCUGGGUGUGUUACUCUACCUACCGGGCUACAAUCAUGCACGUCUCUUACCCUGCUAGAGAUUCAGCGUUGUGAUAAAUUGAAAUCAAUUCCAAAUCUAGGACAAUUGCGUUCUCUUACUCAAUUAAAAAUUAGGUAUUGCGAUAAUCUGAUAUCAAUACCUGAUUUAAGAGGAUUGCAUUCUCUUAUCGAAUUACGAAUUUGUCAUUGUCCUAAAUUGACGAGUCUCCCAGAGGGUUUAGAAUCUCUCACCCGCUUGAAGACUUUGGCGAUUGGCAAGUUUUGUGAGGAGCUGGAUGAUUUCCCGAGUCUCGUUUCUAUCGAACACUUGCACGCAUCCCUGCAACAUUUAGAAUUGAGAGGGUGGCCUAAACUUAAGUCCAUACCGGACAAUAUUCAAGUCUUGACUGCCCUUGAAAGUCUCUUCAUAUCUCACUUUGAAGGCAUGGAAACUUUGCCUGAGUGGUUGACCAAGCUUUCUUCUCUUCAAAUUCUGGAAAUCUUUCGUUGCUCCAAGUUAAAGGAAAGUUGUGCAAUUGGUGGAAAAGAGCGGUACAGAAUUGCCCAUAUUCCAGAUAUCAGAAUCUAUUAAGCGAACAAGCGAUUACUGUUGGACUGGCACUCAAUUGGACAAACCUUCAUAAUAUCUGAACAUUGGGAUGGAUACAAUUUACAAUUUAGGCGUGGAGAAACAGAUGGUUUCAUACAAGACCUGCAUACUGUACUUAAGUGGAUCAUGGGUUAAAAUUCUCUCUCCUCCGGAGGUCCAAUUCCCUUAAAGAGAUGUUCUCUGGUGUUAGCCAAGUGGAAGGUUUCUUAAACUGGUCAAGAAUUUCUUAGAAGUUAUUGCCAACGUGAUGCUCACUUUACAGCAAAAGCUAGAUAUUGCUUAUUGUGGUUGCUGCCAGAGUGGCUAACAAUUGCACACGGUCUAGUGGGGGUGUCAAUUUGAUUCCUAUCUGAUUGGAGUUCAUUAAAAUUUUGAUGCAAGGACCUUACUUAUCUCCCUAAAGUGGAUUUCAUGCGUUUGAUCACCAAAUUGCUAUGCCUAUCCAUUCAUAACUUUCUCAAAGUUAAAUAAAUAGAUGUGUUGAGGGCGACGACACAUCCUGGUCCAAAGAUGGGGAAUGGUUUAAAAAGAGGAAUUUGUUUGAAGUUCACAUAUAUAUUAUUACAACAGUAUAUGUGGUGCUAUUGACAACAUAUAUAUUGUAUUCAGCUGGAAGAACAAUUUGACUAAUUCAAUGGAGUUUAGUAGAAGUUCUUUAAAGUUGAAGAGAAGGGAAGAUUCUACUUAGGAGCAGCAUAUGACAAUCAUGAUUCACUAAAGCUGAUGCAUGUGCUCCCUCACCACAUUAUGCAAUCUAUUAGAUAUUUUAUUGUCCAAGAUUUUCAUCAUUAAAAGGAAGGAUGAGUUGAAGGUAAUGCCCCAGGUUUUCCAAGAUUGUCAUCUAAAACAGAUUGACUGUUAUGUCAUCCACCUAGUAGCAUCUUGAAGCUUAUGUGAUAUCAGAAAAAGCUGGUGGAAGACUUGGUUCUUGAAUUUCAACCAACGUCCGCUAAUGCGUGAACAGCCAGUGAAAAGAAGGAAUAAGAUAUUUCCUGCUAAACUCAGUCAUGGCGGUAAGGAUAGGAACAAUUAGAUUUCUUCCCCUACUUAUUACAAAUUCCAGGACCUACAAAAUUUUGAGGUGAGUUUGUAAGUUUAGAUGUAAUUUUAUCUUUAUUAUAUUGAUACCCAUUUAUAUCAUCAGUUUGAGUCAUUAAUAUUGAUUGUGUUGGGGUGGAGAAGCUUUGUAUCUCUUCGAGAAAUGAAUUCCAGGGACAAGAAUGCCCCUACCUUCCAGUAAAGAUGGAGUGCAAUCCCUCUCUUUGGACAUGUAAUUAAGUGGAAGGUUCGACACAGUAGUUGAAGGUUUAUUUUAACUUAUACACUUGUGAAGCCCUAGCUUACAGUCAAAACUGCUGUUCACUUUGAAAAGGAGAGAGAAGUAGUCAGAGUGGACCAGGGAUAAAAGAUUGUUCACUUUGAAUCACAAUAGAUGGACUUUUAAAUUGAUUUCAUUGCUUCUUUGUUAUUCACUAAAAUUUGUGAGUUUUUUUCUUCUCUUCUAUUAUCUCUCUUCCAAAAAAUUUUAUUAUCACUGUUUCCUUUUUUUAUUGUCAAUUUUGUGUACUAUAUACUAAAUUUUUGGUUCCCUUUCAAAUUCAUUGUUGCUUUAUAUUUCAGUGGCAAAUUGACAACAGUGGGGAGUUUGAUGACUUUGUGCGAGUUAUAUGGAAUUCUUCAAGGUUGCCCACAAGUCAAACAUUAUGUGGGUGGUGACCAAUGCUCAAGUUGCUGGCUCAUCUUUUUGAACAAGCAUGCAACUUGCAAGAAGCUGAGAUUUCUAUCGACAGGGGGAAGGAUGUGGUACCUUGCUAACUAGUAGAUGCUGGAAAUACUUAAUUUCCCAAUUAGAGUUCUUGUACUUCAGCAUAGAUAAUUUAAGAUUGUCAACUGGAAUCAUAACUUGUAUGUAUCUACAAUUGUUGAUUGGGUAUAUUCAGUAUCACCAUCGACAAUGCAUCAAAUUCUGACAAUUCAUCCCCUUUUCAAAUCUUCUGUUAUGACUCCCUAACUUAAAGUUGCUGUAGCAGUGACUUCAACACUUUUCAAGAUUCUGAGAUUUGUGUAAGAAAUUGAAGAGCCCAAUUAGGAAGAACAAAUUGAAACUCGAAUUUGAUGCAUUUUUUCCUGAGAUCAAGUUAUGGAUUUUGGAUUCUAUGGUCAGUCCACAAUCCAUGGAUGCUGAAGGAAUCCAUGGUGUGAUCUCGUAGUUCCUACAAGUUGGCACUAGGUUGUUGACAACCAACAAUAUAAUAAUUCGUAAUAGUUCAUCCACCUAUCGAAUCUUAUGUUGUUAUCAUGGCCUCAUAGGGCCCUUUGUUCCAGUGACUUCAACAUUUUACUGUACAUUGAGUCUUCUCUUUUCAUCAGCCUUGUUGUCCUAACUUAAGAGGCCAACUUGUUUGGGUGCCCCAGUUCAUACAAAUGUUCAAGAUGAUAUUUCCAUAAAGUUAGUAGAUAAGGGAAAAAGAGCGAGAUGCACAACAGUGGUUGAACUAGAAGGCAUUCUUACAUUGUUUGACUCUCCUGAGUAGCUCCAUAAAUGCAUGACCAUGCUGGCUUCUUUGAAUUGAACUUCUGAUAAAUUGGUGAGUUUUUAUUCUUGUGAACGAGUUGGACCAAUUCUGACAUUGGUUUUACAAAGCGCUAACCAAAAAUAGAAUACACAGGUUCUACUCAGUGUUACACAGGCCAUCAAACAAUAUAGCCAUUCCAAACAUGUUCUGCUGUCUCACUUUCAGCUUUGACAUCAUCAACCAUCGUUGAAACUUGCUCUAAACUAGAGCUUGUCCUUAGCAAGAAAGAACUGGAGUUCUCAAGAUUACAUGCCAAGUAUAUGGAUCAUGAUCAAAAGCUUUUACAGUGCUUCUCCCUUUUAUUAAUAUUGAGAAAUUUGUCCUCAGAUGAUCUUAGUUUUCAUAGUAGGUCAUUGUACGUAAAUAACGUUUAU